AUGGAGUCACAAGGAGGCGACAUGUCACCCCCGGCCCAAGCGAGUACUGGCACCUCCAGGGCCAGUAGGAUGUCGCCUGCACGACUGGCAAGGAAAAGAAAGGCGGACAGAGAGUCGCAAAAGGCCUCGCGCUUGAAGCAGAAGAACUACAUCGCCCAUCUGGAGGCCUUGGUCAAGUCCCUGGAUGCGACAGCGGGCUCCGACCCGGUCGAGUUGCUGAAACAACAAGGCGCAGAGAACGUGGAGAUCAAAAAGGCCCUCACAACCAUCUGCAAGAUCGCCCAGACAGCCCUAGGUGCGAGUGCGGGCGAAGGUCGAUAUCUCGGGACCUCGUCUUCCCCCGACCCGAUGACCGACCAAGCAGACGUCAAAGACAUGAAGCCUGAUCUCCCAAAAUUCAGGAAAAUUCAGCCUUCCCAAACGGCCAAGUUGGAUUACACCACCGAUACUGUCAGAUGCACAGGUGAUUCAGACUCGACGAUUCCAUCCAUCGCCGAAACCCAUCCGCAUGGUGCCGGUUUCCCCUCUCUGUUCACAGAAGAUGACGCAGAUUUGGGAGAGUUCAUUCAUCAUGAUCUCCUGGACUUUCCGGUCCGAGAUCACGGCGUCCAACAGACUUUCGAGACUUCAGAACUUCUCUCUACCAGAGACGCCAUGGCCAUGACCCAACCGGGCCCUGUUUCCUGGGCAUUUCCACCGCAAUCGGAAUCUCUGCCUUUACGCAUACACCACCCAGGUGCCGGAGGCCGGGACUGGGUAUCUACGGUAAACCUGCUAACUACACCUGUUGUAUUUCCACUUGAAUCUCCUGACGACGCGCUUGAUGGAGACAUACCAAUAUCAGCUGUGUUGCGUGGCUGGGAUGCAGUCGAGGCCCGCCGGCCGCUAGAUCCGGGGUGGAAAGUUCUUCGAGAAUUUGACCAAAAUCUUUUUACCGGAUGCGGCAUUGCUGAGAGAUUGGCUGUCUUGCGGAUUAUGAGGUUGAUGUGCCAUUAUAUGACGACUUCAGAACGACGCCCAGAAUUACCUCCUUUUAUGCUGAAACGGCCGUGUCAAGAGCACAUCAAACAUCAUCCGAUGAUUGAUUAUCUCGUAUGGCCCGGAUUGCGUGAAAGACUGAUUUUCUCGCAGCAAAAGUUCGCUGCCGACGCAGAUCGAUACAAUGAGCUUUUCCGUGCCAACUUCCGCUUCCUGUGGCCGUUUGAGCCCGAGGACAUCUACUAUCGGGAUCCACAAACGGGCCGAUAUGCAUUUUCCGAGCAGUUCAUCGGACGAACGGAGGAUUUGUCCUGCUGGACGAUGCACAACGACUAUUUUGUUGCCCUGCCAGAGCUUCGUGGGGAUAUCCCUGGAUUCCCUCAGACUUCUAUCUACAAUUUGAGUCAACAACUUCCGGCGUCACAGCAGGCUGUCCAGCGAAAGCCCCCUGGCAGGCCAGACGAGAGCCAAGAGUCCUCACAGAACGAGAAGGGUUCCGUCGACAUAGAUUUUCCUCAAACCAUGUGGGCGAGGAUGUCACAAAUGUCUUGA